GCUUAGAGAUCUCAGUGUUUCCCUUCAAUCUUGGAAUAUUAUCGAGACUCCAUUGUUGCUGUCCAAAAUAUAUAGUAUAUAUAAACAUAUAUACACACACAAAGAGAGAAAAAAAGAGAGACAAAACUGAAAGCCAACCUUGUUAGUUUGUUAUCUCCUAUAUAUAUAAACAUAAAAACACUCUCUUUCACCGACCACUACACGCUUAACACUUUGUGUUUUCAUAUAUUUGUUUCUCCCCUAGAACAUAAAAUCUUUAUUUUUUGCCCGUCUUAGACAAACAUUUUCAAGUUGCAAGCCUUUUCUGUUGGUGGGGGUUUUAGCAGUUGGUGCUUUUGCGUGACCGAGUUGAGAGCUGGUUGACUCAGGGUUAAAUAGUUAAUGGGGUAUCUGUGAAGUUUGAAUUGGUUAGUGAAAUCUUUGGUGCUGAAAGGAAACAUGGGUUUGGUGUUAAAAGAGAAACUGAAAAGUCUCUGUUGCAGUAACGGAUGGUCUUAUGGUGUUUUUUGGUGCUUUGAUCAGAGAAAUUCCAUGUUGCUGACCAUGGAAGAUGCGUACUAUGAAGAGGAAAUGGGAGUUGUAGUUACCAAUAUGCUUUCAGAUGCCCAUAUGCUAGGUGAAGGAAUUGUUGGCCAAGCUGCUUCCACUGGAAAGCACCAGUGGAUUUUCUCAGAUGCUAGUGAUGGAGGCUGGAAUUCUGCUGCCUCUAUUGGAGGUCAAGAUCUAUUCCAGGAUGAUUCUGAAAUUCAUCGCCAAUUUUCUUUUGGAAUAAAGACAAUUGCAGUAAUCUCUGUGGAAUCACAAGGACUGGUACAAUUUGGAUCCACCCAGAAGAUUUUGGAGUCAGAGGAAUUUUUGGGUCAAACAAAACGAUUGUUUGGUAAGAUGGAAAAUAUUAAUGGGCUUACUUCAAAUUCCGACUCGCCUUCAUCUUUGAACUGUGAAAGUUAUGAUCUAAAUGAAUGGUUUGAUUCCUUCUGCAAUGGGAAUAUCACACCCAUGCUUGGUGACAACUGCAAUGAGCUGAUGGAAAUAGCUUAUUCUUCAAUGAAUUUUACUCAGCCCUCCGCUAUCACAACUGUUGUUGAACAAGAUAGGAUGAUUCCUUUAUGCCUGGAUUCAUCUCAUCCUACAAACCAAAUGAAGACCAGUGAAGCUCAUUCCAGUAAUCCUAAGACUCAGUCCCAAUACUCGUCGCCACAAUCUCCAUCUAUGAACAAAACAAAGGCCCUAACUCCUUGCACUAGUACGUGGAGCAAUACAGGCUCUAAUUUGACUUCAUUGGAGUCAAAGUUGGGAUAUGAAAUGGUGGUCCAGGAUUCUCCAACCGUGUUUUCUACUGAAAGAUCAAUGAGCAAUCUGCAUUCUGCUCCAUUAAUUCGUGUUACUGAAGGUGAACUUUCAGAAAGAGAAAUGAGCCAGAACAGAUUCCCGUUGGAGCUCAAAUCAGAUGAUUUUACAACUGAUCUGUCCAACUCCUGUGUAAUAGAUAAUAUUCUUGAGUGGUUUGCCCCUUCACCGGAGCAUAGCAUAAGUGGAAUGGCACCCAUGAUGAACGGAAAUCUUUCACAACCUGGAGGAGUCACUCCAGCAUCACCAGGUCUGAUUGGAGAUUUCUUAGUUGAUAUUCCAUUGAAGCAACCGGCCACUUUGGCUCAAAGUUCUGUCACUGAAACAUAUUUCUCUAACGGGAAAGAGAAAUGUGUGAGCAUCACUGGCACCGAAAAUGAUCUGCUUGAAGGUUUGGGAUUGGUAUUUGGGGGUGGACAAGCUAGGCAUUGCUGGGAAGAUAUCAUGGUGCCAGUAGCGAGUAGUGGGCACACAACUGCUAGCACUGGUAUUUCAGAAUGCAUCUCAGAGUUGGAUGUUGAUUCCAAGGUUGGCCCUCGAAAAGGAUUGUUCUCAGAGCUUUUAGAUAGCGUUAGUAAUUCUAAUUAUGUUACAAAAUCUAGCAGUGAUGAUCAAUUAUCCAAUGCUAAGAGAAGAAGAGUGGAAAAUUCAUCAGUCAAUGGUAAUCAACUUCAGUUAGUGAAUGCUUCUUGCCCUACUAGCAGCAGGGUGAUGCAGCCUGCAUAUAAUUUUGACAAGACAAAAAAUCUUCUAUCAAAACAAGAGAUGUUCCCAAAAGCACCAACAGUUUUGUGGAUUGAUGAUAGUUACAGCGUCAAUACUGGAAGUUCUGGUUUAACAAAAUCUAAGAAAACUGAGGAGCCUGCAAAGGCCACCAAGAAAAGAGCCAGACCUGGAGAAAGUACUCGACCUAGGCCGAAAGACCGUCAGCAGAUACAAGACCGUAUUAAAGAGUUGAAACAGAUCAUCCCUGAUGGUGCUAAGUGUAGCAUUGAUGCUCUGUUGGAUCGCACCAUCAAACACAUGUUAUUCUUGCAAAGUGUGACCAAAUAUGCGGAAAAGCUUAAACAAGCUGAUGAGCCAAAGUUGAUUGGCCAACAUAAUAGACUGCUUCCUAAAGACAACAGCACAAGCAGUGGUGGUGCUACAUGGGCAUUGGAAGUUGCAGAUCAAUCAAUGGUUUGCCCUAUCAUUGUCGAGGACCUCAGUCAACCUGGCCUAAUGCUUAUAGAGAUGCUUUGUGAGGAUCGGGGAUUCUUUCUUGAGAUAGCAGAUGUAAUUAAGGGCUUUGGUUUGAAUAUAUUGAAGGGGUUGAUGGAAAGUCGAGAGGAUAAGAUCUGGGCACGUUUCAUUGUUGAGGCAAACAUGCAGAUAACAAGGGUGGAAGUAUUUUGGUCACUUCUCCAGCUUCUAGAACGAACAGGUUCUAGCGUGAUGGAUUCAACGAAUCAACCUAGUAAUGCAAUGCAUGGAAAGAUUCCCGAGUUAAACAGUUACCAGCUUCCUUCAUUGCCAUGUCCUGUCAGCCUGACUGAGACAAUUCAAUGAUAAAUCUCUUUCAUAGGGAUUUUAGAACACUUUGAGCAUACAUCUAUUGAGAUACCGCAGUGAUUGGUGUUCUGAGUUCAAGAACCAAGACCGAAGUGGGAAAAGGAGAUUCUCCAUUCCAUUUUGACUUCCCUUGGAAAUGGAAGCAAAAUGUGAAUAUGGUUGAUAGAUAGGAAAUACUUCGAAAGGUAGGGCGAGCUAUCUAGUUACUCCUUUAUGGUACAAUUGGAGAGGGAUGCGCCGUUGGAUGUUAGCUUGCUUUUAGUCGUCGAUUAAUGCUACGUUGCAUAUGACUGAGAGUGUAGCUGUGUAGGGAACUGCGUUGUGUUUUUGUUUUCAUAGACUUUUUGUAGGGAACUGAGAGUGUA